AUGUCGAUGAUCCCGAGCGCGCUGGGCGCGCUGGAUCGAGGACGAAUGGUGGAACGAUGGAUGGAUGCGGCGCGCGCGCGCGGCGGCGUGGAUCUCGCGCGCGGCGUGCGACCGCGAUCGAUGGAUCUCGCGCGAUCGGUGACAGGUGAGAGACAUGGGUUGGAGACGGAUGCGGCGCCGGUGGAACGAGGGGAGGCGUACGCGCGUGUGGCGUGGAACGAGACGUUGCAUCCGAGUCGGUACUCGACGAGCGACGAGCGAGGAUUAGGAGGCGUCCUGUCGACGAUGCGAAGCGAGUACGGGGAGGACGAGAAGACGGCGUUGUUGUUGUGUUUGCUGUACGAGCGGUUCGAGUUGGGGACGGAGAGCGCGUUUCGAUCGUACUUUCGGACCAUGCCGGAGGAAUUCGAGACGCCGGCGCAUUGGAGUCCGGAGACGGUGAAGGAGUUGGCGGGGAGCGACGUGUACGAGAGGGACAUCAUGGAGGAGUUCGAGACGGUGAAGAAAGUGUGGGGCGCGUUGAACAAGAGGGUUUUCGACGUGCACACGGAUGUCUUUAAAAAAGGGGCGGCGAAAACGUUGUACGCGUUCCGAUGGGCGUGGGCGGUCGUUCACGCCAGGGCCACGAGGAUAAGCGGUAAAAGCGGACUAGCUCUCGUUCCGGUGAUUGAAAUGAUUCGCGAGUGUGCGGAUACGGGUGAUGAUGGAGAUGUCAACGGCGAAGGUGCGGCAGACGGCGUUGACGACGCGUUUGCAGUGUACGAUCCGCACGCCGAUGAGGUGGUCGUGUACGCCAAACGUGACUACGCACCGAGGGAGGAAAUCUGUGAACGCUACGGUGGCUGGAAUAACGGCGAAGCCGUUCAGCACGUGGGUUAUUUACCGAAUGUUCACGAAAACUCCGCGCGAAACUGCGUUUUGCUCAUUCUCGAGCCGGACGUUCGAUACGUCGAAAAAGUUCGCCGAGCUGGCUACAGCGUUCCAUUCCGCGUGUGCAUGUCGUUUUCGGCAACUGAAAGCAGUUUGGACGCGUUUGCCGCGUACGCCGAGCUCGCUGACGGGCGAGAGGUCGAUAUAGGCCCGGGGGGUAUCCCGAGAAACGUCUCUAAAGCCGCCGCCAAACGUAUUUUAGAAGAGCGUCUCAAUCGUUACCCGACUACGGCUGAUCAGGACGCAGCCGCGCUGUCGACGAUUCAAAACGCCGUCAAUGACUUCUCCCGGGCGCUGAAAAAUGAAGACUUGGCUGUUUUUGAGCGCGCUCAGAUCGAGAUGAAGUUGCGACAAUCGCGUCAUGGAGAAUUGGCCGUUGGGCUUCGCAUCCGUGAGAAGCGGAUCCUCCGAGCUCUGAUUGAAAAAUUAUCGCACGCCGCGCGCGAGGACGUUCACGACGAGCUUUGA